CAGAAGAAGAAUGUACAGGUGACAGUUGCGAGGGUGACAAAGAGAAGAAAAGCAGUAAGAAAAACUGUACUUUCUGCAAACGUAAACUUUUGGACAUCUCAGAAGCUGGUGAUGAUGAUGACUACGACGAUGAUGAAGAAAAUGAUGAUGACGAAGAUGAAGAUGACAAUGAUGACAUAGAUGUUAAAAACAUCAUAUAUAAGAAAUUUAAAGUACCUGAAUAUACAAGAGUAAACCAUAAAGAUAAUGUGUUCCAAAUAGUAGAGUUUGAUCACAAAAAUGAUGGAGAGGACAAAAAUGAUAAUGAGAAAGAUUCAUUUGAAAGUACUAAAAAAUCUUUAGCAUUCCUUAAACAUUCCCAAAAUGAUGAAAUUGCAUCACAUACAAUGGGAGAAAUAGAUAACUUUGAUACUUCUGGGCCAAAAAGAAAACUUCUUUGGUUUUUCUCUGAGCCCAACGCUGAUUUGGAUGGAGAUGGAAUAGAAGAUGCUGAAG